AUGGCCGCGCACCCCGUCCUUGACCUCGACACAACACUCGCCUCGCUCCCACCUCCCGUCACGCAAGACAUCCGCGCCCAGGUGCAAGCCCAGCUGCGCGCGCCCUCGUCGCAGAUCCCCCUCCUCGUCGCCCUCGAUGACGACCCGACAGGCACCCAGACCUGCCACAACGUCAACGUCCUCACCGUCUGGGAUGUGCCGACCCUAACGGCCGAGUUCAGCCUGACGCCGCGCGGCAGCGGCUUCUUCGUGCUCACAAACUCGCGCGCCCUGCACCCGGCCCCGGCCCGCGCCCUCCUCGUCGAGAUCUGCACCAACCUGCAGGCCGCCUCGUCCGCGACUGGCCUCCCCUUUGAGGUUGUGCUGCGCGGCGACUCGACGCUGCGCGGCCACUUCCCGCUCGAGGCCGAGGCCGCCACCGCCGCCCUCGGCCCCUUUGACGCCUGGCUGCUGUGCCCCUUCUUCCUCCAGGGCGGCCGCUACACACUAGACAAUGUGCACUACGUCGCCGAGGGCGCGCGCCUCGUGCCCGCCGCCCAGACGCCGUUCGCCGCCGACGCCACCUUUGGCUACGCGAGCUCCGACCUGCGCGACUACGUCGCCGAGAAGACGGCCGGCGCCGUCCCCGCCGCCGCCUUACCCCGGUCUGGCCACAAGGAAACCCCGGGGCUUCUGUCCACCGCCGGGCCGGCGGUUUCUGGGCGGACCCCCGCCCGGCACGUCGCGGCGCUGGUCGUGGGCGCCGACGGGGCGGCGAGUCUCGACAUGGGGGCCGUCGUGGCGUCGGCGCUCGUCGACGUGCUGCGCGGGCUCGCGACGCGGCCGCGCUACGUCGUGGCCAAGGGCGGCAUCACGAGCUCCGACAUGGCGGGCAGGGGGCUCGGCAUGCGGCGGGCGCGCGUCGUCGGGCAGGCGGCGGCCGGGGUGCCGCUGUGGCGGUGUGUCGAGGGCGGCGGCAAGUGGCCUGGCGUGCCGUUUGUUGUGUUUCCGGGCAACGUUGGCGGUGACGCGGCGCUGGCGGAGGUGGUCAGGGGGUGGAGGGCGUAG